AUGAGGUCCUCGAGUUCUCUACAUGCGGGCCUCCAUCGAGCCCGGAACGGGGAAGGGUCUCGUUGGAGUCUACUUAUUGGGUGUCCAAGUUUGAAAGGUGAAAGUUGGGUUUUGGGGCGCUGGGAAUUUUCGAACUGGUAAGUUCUGUGAGGCUCUGCGAAGUCAUGCUAGUGGUGUUUUACGAUACGGUGACAGCCGCAGCCGCGGCGGUGAAAGUUUUGAGUCUUGACCACUGAGGCGACCCUGUUCCACCAGGUCCCCGGCACAGCACGUCUGCCAGCUCUCUGCUCUAGACCAACGGAAACACAUCCGACCCAACUCAAGUCGGAGAUUGGCCACCCGGCUGGCCUCCGUCUCAAACAUAGGGGCUUGUGACCCCAUGGAUGCGGUCCGAUACCAUGAAUCAACUCACAAAGCACGUCGACCAGCACCCCAUUUCAAGGCAUGGAUACCGCUAUGGUCCGUCCCAGCAAACGAUCCUUAUAAAGCUGUCUUAUCACCCGUUGAACCCUCUUCCUGGAAGAGGCCCACCUCCUCGUUAAACGACCCACCGAAGCAUUCAAGACCAAGGACAACAUGGCUGACGAGUUUCAAUGGCCAGCCCGUUUUGUGGACCUCAAACGCGAACUUGCAGAACGCUUCGCAGGCGCUGACUAUGAGACACGACUUACAGACUCCUGGCGCGAUCUUCUCGGCGAACUAGCACUCCGCACGAAAGAGAUCGCAGCCGAGGGCCCUAAUCACAUUCCGCAGGUCAGGUUUGACGAGCUCGACAAGCUCACUCCAGAGCAAGUGGCGGUCAUUCGUCGCAAGGGGUCCGUUGUAAUCAAGGGUGUUGUAGACGACAAGGAGGCAGAGGGAUGGAAGGCUAGCCUCGAAGAAUUCAUCAAAACGAACCCAGAUAUCGACGGCUUCCCCGAGGGCGACAUGCAGUUCUUCCACCUCUACUGGACCCGUGCUCAGGUGCUCGCGCGUGGACACCCCAACGUCCUCAAGGCGUCCGCGUGGCUGAACAACCUUUACCAUCUCGGAGGUGGCGAAAGCAUCCCUGGUGUGGACAUGUCCACACCGCUCGUAUAUGCAGAUCGCUUCCGCAUCCGCCACCCAGGAAUUCAAUGGGAUCGCCAUCCUCCUCACGUUGAUGGUGGAUCAAUCGAGCGCUGGGAAGACGAGAACUUCCGUCAGUGCUUUGCAGAGAUUCUGAGUGGCAACUGGAGGAAGCAUGACCCGUACGAGCUCAAGGACCGCCUCAAUGCGCGCAGUUCCCUAUACGGCCGCCCUGGUCAGGCGACCGUUUUCCGUACCUUCCAAGGUUGGCUCGCCAUGAGCGAGACCGCACCGACCCAGGGGACGCUCAAAGUCUUCCCCGAUGUCCACAUCUCCAACGCGUAUACCAUCCUCCGCCCCUUCUUCCGCCCCACCGUCCCGUUUUCCUCCCCUGACAUCCUCGAUGCCUCCAGCUGGGUGUUCGACAUCUCCUCGCCCUCCUUCCCAGGAAUCGUCCCGCGUGAGACUGGCUUCCACGGGCCCCGUCCGACGCCUGAGCUGCACCCGCACCUCCGUCUCGACGAGACGAUGACGUCCGUACCAAAGGUGAACCCGGGCGACAUGGUAUUCUGGCACUGCGAUGUCGUGCACUCGGUCGAGGAAGAGCACACGGGCACGGGCGACUCGGCGGUGAUGUAUAUCGGUUCGGUGCCGAAGUGCCCGCAGAACGACGCGUACGUCAAGAAGCAGCUCGAGACGUUCCUGGCAGGCGUGAACCCGCCCGACUACCCUAAGCUCAAGGAGGGCGUGAAGUAUACUGGUCUGGGUGCCGAGAGCGAUUUGGUGCAGCCCAUUAGCAGGGUUGCGAUGGGAUUCGCGUAGAAAGACUGAUAUUGACCUCAAUGCGUAUAAGUACAGAAAGUGUACAUUAGAACAUAUGAACGUAAC